AACCACUCCGCCUGCCGCUGCGCCCGCGGCACCUGACGGCUCCUGCGGCGGCGAUGCUAUGGAGGUGGAGCCGGGCGAGCCGGUCGCUGCGGGGGCGGCGAGUGAGCUGCCUCUGAAGGGCGGUGCCGCAACCGAGUCCAUGGGGCAGCAGGUGGGCGCGCCCCGGCAGGCGGCAGCAGCGGGGGCUGAUGAAGACCUGCAGGCCCGCUCCCAUGCAGCACAGCAGCAGGCAGCCGAGGCGGACAUGCCUCCGCUGCGCUCGGAGCCGUCGGGGCAUUUGAGGCAGCAGCCGGAGCCCGCUAGGGAGGCGCUGCUGCAGCCUGCGGCCCUGCAGCCGGAAGCGGCUGCUGAGGUGGUUCGGGGGCUGGGGCCGCCGUCGCCGUCGGAAAAGGAAGAGGCGUCGCAGGUCGAUCCGCAGGCGGCGGCAGGGGGCCGGCAGCAGCUGCAGCUCAACCCCCCGGCUGCGAAGCUGGGGGACCAGCUGGAGGAGGAGAAGGCGGAGGAGGACAGGGGGCAGCGGUUGGGACCGGGGCCGAGGAGGUACCACAGCGCCGCCGCUCCCACUCCUGACGCCGCUCCACCUGACGCCUCCGCCUGCCAGUCUAUGGUGGAGGCGGGCAGCGACGCUGGCGCGACAGGCGCCCUGCGGCCCCUGCAGGGUCCGCCGCACCCCUCAGGCGCUCCUGCAGGGGUCCCUGCUGCUGCAAGCUGCCAACCAGAGGGACAGCCGCAGCAGCAGCAUGCAGACCCCGCCGCCGCCGCCGCCGCAGCCGCCGGUGCAGCAGCAGGAGUAGCGGCAGCAGCAGUAUCAAGCCCCCCUGCCCCCGACGGCGCCUCCCCAGCCCUGGCCAGCCCCCACAGCAACACCACUGGACCGCCCUCGGCAGCAGCGGCGCAAACAGCAACAGCCAGCGAGGCGGCUACGACAUGCGCUCACGGACCCACGGGUCGUACCGCUGCUAUGCGUGUGGAUGCCCCCUCGGCGCCUUCCCGGGGCGGCGGUGAGGCGCCUGCCGCCUUGGGGCUGUCGCCGGGUGCAGCAGCGGCUGCGAAGGAGGAGGAGGAGGAGGAUGUGCCGCCGGAACUGCGGCUGCCCGCCGAGUUGGCGGCGGCUGCGGGGGGGCUGCUGUUGGAGGCGGCGUGGUGCCGCUGGUGGCGGGUGGCGCGUCUGUUCGGGUUCGGCAGGCAGGGGGCGGAGGUGCUGGCGCGCGCGAGGACGCGGACUGAGGAUUUAGUGAGGGACUUCAACGGCACUCUGGCGGCGUGCUGCAGUGAGGCGGGCUGCGCUGCGCUGCACCUGCGGAUUCGGGCGGUGCAGCUGCUGCAGCGGGCGUACCAGGAGGUGCUGGGCUGGCGGGAGGAGGAGGAGGGAGGCCGACUGCUGCUACUGCUAUUCGCGGCGCUGGCGGAGCAGGCGGCACUGGACACGGCGGCAGGCGCCAGGCAGCAGCAGCAGCAGCAGGCGGGGGAGGCGGGGGCGGGGGCAGCAGCGGCAGCGGGUGGAGGAGCUGCAGCGGGGAUCUCAGCAGCUGCGCAGGAGUGCAGCGCGGGCGGGGAAGGAGGAGAGCACCCGCAGCUGCCCCACCCGCCCCCGCAGCCGACCCAGCAGCAGCAACAGCCGCUGCAGCGCACAUCGCCUCCCCCGCACCCGCACCCGCACCCGCACCCCGGCCCGCCGCCACCCCAACCUGCAACCCAGGCGACGCCUCCCCAGCAGCCCCCGUCAGGGGCUUCCCCGCCUGAGCAGCAACAACAGCAGCCGACGUCACCACCGCCUCCAAAGCCCCCUGCUCCUGCCCAGCAGCAGCAGCUGCCAGCUGACGGCAGAGGUGCCCCCAGCAGCAUCAGCAGCAGCAGCAGCAUCAGCAGCGGCGGGCUGACGUCGGAGGAUCUGUGGGCGGUGCUGCUGCGGUGCGGGAUGCAUGCCACGGAGGUGCUCAUCGCGUGGCGGCGAGCUGACACGCCGGAGGCUGCUGCGAGGGUUCGUGCGCUGCUGCCCUCGCCGAUGCGGCUGCUGCAGGGUGCUGCCAACACGCUGCGCAGGAACGCAGUGCAACAGGGGGGCCCGGGCGCGGGCGCGGCGGCGCUGGCAAUCGCUGGCGGCUGUCCGGGCGGCGGCUGGGGUGUUGGCGGUGGCGGCGACCUCCUGCGGUGCUUGGAGGCCACGGUGACGCGAGCAGACAGCCGCAUGAAGCAGACGCUGCGGCAGACGCAGCAGCAGCAGCAGCAGCAGGCGGCAGGAGGUGCAGGGGGGAGCGGAGCGGGGGGACGGCAGCUACCCCCGUCGCAGCCGCCUCAGCCGGCUCAGCAUGCAGAUCAAGGUCAGCAGCAGCCACCGCCGCCGCAGCAGCAGGAGCCUCCACGACAGGAGCGUGUGCAUGGAGAAAAGCAGCAGCAGCCAUCGCAGCCGCCACCACAGCAGCAACUACAAAUACAUGUUAAGCUGGAGCAGCUAGACAGGAAGGAGCCGCCGCAGCCGCCGCAGCAGCAGCACAUGGAGCUUGACGUGAAACCGCAACCCCAGCCACAGCGACAGCAGCAGCCCCAGCAGCAACCCCGGCAGCAGCAUCGCCCCCAUGUGUUACGCUUGGCCCCAGCUGGCAUCACGGUUCCGGUUGCUGCGUCCGCUACAGCCGCCGUACCGAAAGCAUCUGUGUUGCCCAUAUCAGGGGGUCCGCCGCGCCACCCCCACCCCCACCCCCAGCACCGCGGUGGUAGCAGCGCGGCCCCUCCCUGCUGGCGGCCCCUCGCCUCCGACCAGCUCUUCCGAGUCCUCAUGCGCGCGGGCAGCAGAAACGCCUUCGCCCCCGUCCAGGACGCGGCGGGGCCGGCUGCGGCACCUGCCACCGCCGCCGCAGCAGCAGCAGGGGGGCCGCCUGGUGAGUCUGCGGCGGCGGUAGCAGGACUCAGCAACCCACCCCAGGUGGUCGGUGACGCUGCUGCUGCUGCUGCUGCGGGUGCAGCCGGCACACAUGCUCCUCCGGGCACGUCGCCGCAUGAGGCGCACAAACCGCACUCCCUUAGCAGUGCCGGGCAGCAGCCGGCAGCACGCGCUUACACGCCGCCGACUGCCCGGAUUGGGGCGGCAGGACGUCCCCUCCGCCUACCGUCCAGAUCGCAGCAGCAGCAGCACCGGCCUGGUGAGGGUGCUGCGAUGGCGGGUGACUCCCCGCUGGUGGCGGCGCGGCGAGCCUUCCUUUCCCCCAGCUGGGCGGCGGGUGUGCUCGCUGCGAAGGCGCCCUCUGACCUGCCCUCACACCCCUCCGCCGCCGCUGCUGCUGCUACUGCUGCUGCUGUUACUGUUUCCGCCACUACUACCGCUGCUCCUGCGGUUAGUGGCGACAGUAAGACGGCGGCAGCGGUGGCCGGGGAGGGUGGUGCGGGUGGUGCAGGCAGCGCGCUGCCGGCUCCAGGGGCGGUGCUCCGCAUGAGUCAGAGCUGCCUGGCUGGCCGCCUGCGAGCGGUGCUGCGGAGACACCUGAUGCCGCCGCACCCGACCGCCGCCGCCACAGCCCGCCAACACCGGCGCCAGCGGCAGCAGCCGCACAGCCCCGAUGCGGGGACCCGUCAUGCGGGGGCGGCUGCCGCAGGGGCGCCAGCAGCUGGUUCUUCGCUCACUAAGCCGGCGGCGUCCGGGCAGGCUGCAGCAACUGCCGCCGCCGCAGUCGGCGGUGAGGAGAGCAGCAGCAGGCCUCCCGCGGCCUCAGCCGCCGGGUCACAAGUAGCUCCGCCAGGUAAGCAGCAACCACCACAAGAGCAGGGGCUAGGGGAGCAGCAGCAGCAGCAGCAGCUGGCGGAGCAGCGGCUGUCACGACUGCUGGCGGCGUGGGAGGGUCUGCCGCCCCCCAACCGCCGAGCGCUGUUGCUGGUGGCAUGCAGGCUGGCGGCGGAGGGGGGCGGUGUGGGCGCAUGGGGGGCGGUGGAGACCCUGGUGCGGGCGCUGGGGGCGGUGGCGGAUGCAGCGGAGCGGGCAGCAGUGCCAGCUGCGGGGCCGGCAGCGGAGGGGCCAGCAGCAGGGGCGGCAGCGGCAGUGGUAGCAGGGGGCGAGGCAAGCAUGCAGGGUUAGAGCGGGUUAGUGCAGG